AUGUUUUCUGAUAACAACUCGAACGUUGUUGACCCUUUGUGGGGAAAUGUCCAUGUUUGUGUUACAUUGCAAGAAAUUAGGGUUCUAUAUGAUGAGGAGAAGAUGGAUUGUGGCUACUUGUUCUGUUCAGUAUAUCAUUCUUCAAGUACUAGAACCAAACUCAAAGGCAAAUUGCUUGAUGGACUUCUAUCUGCAGAUUUCAACGAAAAAACAUGCUCAAGCCGGUACCAAUCCACUCUAUACCGCAAAACUUCACCCCACAAACCCUCGCCCCAUCUCAUCUCCACGUUGCGAAGCUACGAAUCUAUCCACAGACGCUGUAGUCCCCACACCGAAUCCUACAACAAAACCCUACAGCAUUUUCAGCCCGGUGAUCACAGCACUGCCCGCAUAGACUGCAAAUAUCUUGUACAUCUGUGGAUGCCCCAAGGUGGACUAGGAAACCGGUUACUAAGUUUAGCUUCAUCAUUUCUCUAUGCUCUCCUCACAAACCGAGUUUUGCUCAUUGACCAAGGACACAAAGCGGUUGACCUCCUCUGUGAGCCAUUCCCUGAUACAACGUGGGCCCUCCCUUUGGAUUUUCCAAUCAAAAACCAAUUUGAUACCUUCAAUAAGGAAUCUCCUCAUUGUUAUGGGAAUAUGGUGAAGAAUCACAUCAUAGAUACUUCAAUGGAAAAGUCAUUUUUUCCAUUUAUGUACUUCAAUCUAAUCUAUGAUUAUGAUGAUUAUGACAAGCAAUUUUUCUGCGAUCAAGAUCAGAAUUUCAUGAGAGGGGUCUCAUGGUUGGUCAUCAGAUCGGAUCAGUACUUCAUUCCAUCUUUGUUUUUGAUUCCAUCUUUCAAGCAAGAGCUAAGAAAGUUGUUUCCAGAAAAGGAAACUGUUUUCCAUCACUUGGGUCGGUACCUUUUCCAUCCUUCCAAUCAAGUUUGGGGACUAAUCACAAGAUAUUAUCAGGCUUACUUGGCGAAAGCUGAUGAGAGAAUUGGAAUCCAAGUGAGAGAUUUUAAAAGCACAAACUUCCCACUCUCUUACAUGAUGGAUCGAAUACUCGACUGUUCUGUAAAGAAAAACUUGCUUCCCAAACUAAAACCCAUCAAGAAUCCCCAAGAAUCUGUCUCUGUUGUUGAUUACCAGUCUAAUAAAAACCCGAAAUCAAAAGUAGUUCUUGUGACAUCCUUGGAUUCAAGGUACUUUGAGAAUUUAAGAAACAUGUAUUGGGAAAAUCCAACAAUUAAUGGGGAAGUGAUUGGUGUUUUCCAACCAAGUCAUGAAGGGUACCAACAGCUUGGGAACCUAACACACCACAUGAAGGCAUGGGCUGAGAUUUAUCUUCUUAGCUUGAUGGAUGUGUUGAUCACAAGCCCUUGGUCAACCUUUGGAUAUGUAGCUCAAGGGAUUGGAGGUUUGAGACCAUGGAUUUUAAACAAUCCCCAAAAGGAAAUGGAUUAUGAUUUGCCAUGUCAUCGCGCCAAAUCAAUGGAACCUUGUUUUCAUUUUCCUCCGUUUUAUGAUUGCAAGGCGAAAAUAAGAACGGAUACCGGGGCUAGAGUUCCUUAUGUUCGACAUUGUGAGGAUACAAGUUGGGGGCUCAAGUUGGUUGAUGAUUGA